AUGGGUUCUCACGAAUCGUCCAGUCCAGCAUCAGCAAAUCUUGCCUCUUCAGUUGCCUGUCUCAACUGCCGGGACAGACAUCUCAAGUGUGACGGAAACCUGUCAGGAUGCGCGAGGUGCGCCUCUUUGAGUCUCCCUUGUCACUUUGUUCCUUCGCGACGAGGCCGCAAGUGUCGUCCUGGUCCUUAUCGCACAACGACUCCGCCUUUUUUCCUGCAGGAAGACAGCGUGUCUCUGGCAGCUGAGCAAGCAGCAAUCGGAAUGGCUCCGUUUUCGCCACUUAAUUCGAUGACCCAGCAGCGUCAGCAGCAAGAAGCAUAUCUAGCGUAUCCCCCCUCAUCCGCCCGUCGAGAUCGGAGAAUUCAUUUGAUCUCGCUCUACUAUCUGCAUUUCCACCAGGCCCAUUCCUUCCUGCCUCCAAUGGAGGUAUUUCUGCAAUCAGGCCCCCCAGCGUACCUCCUUGAUGUCAUCGAGUUCAUCAGUCUGCAUUACAUCUCCCCGUUCGUUCCAGACUGCUGCGGUUCGCUUCAAACAUCCGUGCAGGAGGCCGAGUCCAGCGUCGAAAAGGUGCAGGCCUUUCUGUUAUUAACCAUUGUGCUGCACGGACGACAACAGCCGGAUGAAGCCAAGUCCUGCCUGGCGCUGGCCAUCCAACUCAGCCUGGAACUGGGCCUUCAUCGCCGGGAGAUCUCCGACGACAUGAGCCUGCAGAAUCCAGUUCAAGGGGAGUGUCUGCGACGCACUUGGUGGGAAAUCGUAGUUGUGGACGUCUUACUGGCUGCGGUGCAGCUGGAUGGCGUCUUGCAGUUCCAAAUGACCGAGACCCCCGACGUGCCUCUGCCUUGCGAGCAGGAAGAAUACCAGCAGGGCUGUAUAGGAGUACAGCUGUAUACCAUGGCCGACCUGGAGCGUCAGAGCCUUCUUUGCAACAGUCACUUCUCUUCCUUUGCAUACCGAGUGGAAGCCGCCCUGCUGCUUCGAAAAUGUCUCCUGGCCGGCGAGACCCAUAUCUCACAGGAAGCAUUGGACAGCCUAAGCGCAACCAUAACUGGCUGGUUCCAUCGGUUGCCCAAAUCCAAACGUACCAUUCUCCAGCCCAUGGGGGAGUUAGACGAGAUGAUGCUGCAGGCCGCGGCCCUCGUCCACUGCGCCUCUAUCUACCUCCAUUUCCCCCGGUCCUCCCUCCUAGCCUUUCUCCCCAUCAGCGGUCGCGUGUUCUGCUCGCAGCCCCCUGCCUUUUCGUUCACCUCGCUCGAUCCGCAGAUGCACACGGCCAAGGUAGCGGCCGGGGCAGUGAAUAUCUCCAAGUUGGCGUCGUUAUCGACAGCGGUCGCCAAUCACACCCCGUUCUUCACCUGUCUUCUGAAUCUAAGCUCAAUCCUCCAAGUCGCCUUGCUUGCAGAGGAAUGUCUGCCGUUGUCGGAAGUCAACCAACCUUACCUCUCACUGAAUAUUGGCGUGCUUCUGUCCAUGGGCGGCACCUGGCCCAUUGCUGGCAGCUCCAUGCAACGCAUCCGGGAGAUCGUCAUGGAAAUACAGGCUGCAGCUCCGUGCAGUUCCAGGCAACUCUUGGACACAUUCCCUCUCACUUCAUAG